UUUGAGGGUCAAGCUCGUUUGCCUGCAGCUGUUUGCGCCUGGCGCGGGGGGGAAGUUCAGUGCACUACCUGGUGCAACCCCCUCAGCAUGCCCGAGCCCGAGCCCUUGAUUCUCCCCGAGCGCAGCCCUGACCGUGCUUUGAAGGGCCUCAUCCUCAAGGUCCUUCGGCGCCUCACCGGCCCCUCCACCGUGGCCUCGGCCUUCAGCGCCGAGCCCCCCGCGGGUUCCUCCGCGCCGGCGGGUUCCUCCGCGGGUUCGGCCGAGCCGGUUGAGCCGGUGGGGCCGGUGGCGGCCACGUGGCAGAUGUGUUUGCGCGUCUUGGGCGUGGACCGCCGGCUGCAGACCCGAGCUGAGAUGUUACAUCAAGCCCUCAUCGACCUGGCUUUGACCAAGGAGCAGCAAGAGGUCUUCGAGCGAGUGCUCGCCUGCAACCUGCGCUUCUACCAGAUCGCCGUGGAGGGCAGCUUGGACGGUCGACCCCCCUGGCGGCGUCACGUGGCCUUGAACAUGGCGUUGCUUCGGGUGCUGCACCGACACCUGGCCGUGCAACGCGUGACCCAAGCCUUCGAGGACCCGCCACAGAAGUACCUCAGCCGUGGGGAAGCCAAGGAAGCUUUGAAGUACUGCAAAUGGACCGUGGCUCUGUAUGGUGGUGAAGAAGAAGAGAAGGCGGAAACCGAAGAGGAGCGCUUGCGGCCGGUGCUGGCGAUGUUGGGCGGAAGUUUGGAGGUCUUGUGCUCGGACAUGGACAACGACAAGCAGAUCAACGAUCCGCUUUGUCCUCGCUUCCUGCUGGCCUUGGAUGAAGUGAAUGACGAGCUGAUCUUGUGCAUCCGAGGGACCCAAACCCUCUCCGACCUCUUCGCCGACCUCAUCGGCGACACGGAAGCCUUCCUAGGUGGCCAGGCGCACGCGGGGAUCCUGCACUCGGCCCAACGGGUCUUUACGAAGAUCUUGGAGCCUCUGAAGCGAGGCUUGACGCAGCUGUCUUCCAAAUCGCCGCGCCUAGUCUUGGUUGGCCAUUCCCUGGGCGCUGGCGUGUGUCAAUUGCUGGCCAUGCUGCUGCGGAGCAAGGGAAGCGCUCACUGGACCUUGCCAGAGGCGAUCCCGUUGCGCUGCUUCCUGUUCGCGCCGCCACCAGUCUUUGGGCGAGAGCCGCCGGUGUCGCGCUGGGUGUCGCUGCAGCGCCUCUUCUCGGGGCCGGGACAGAAGGCCUUCGAAGAGGUGCAGCAGGCAUCGGUGGCAUUUGCGAUCAACUUCGAUAUCAUCCCUCGGACCUCCUUGCACAAUGGCUACAAGCUCUUCCAGGAGGCCCGGCUCCUGGACGACGCGGUGACCUGGCGGAAGGCCGAGGUGCUGCGGCGCAUCUCCCAGAGCGACGAUAAGGCUCAGGUGGCUUUGGCCACGGAACUGCAAGAGCUCAUGCAUCUGCUCGCCCAGAGAAGAGCUGCGCCUGGGAAUCCGUACCCGGCACAGCACGCAGUGGCCAAACACCUUUUCCCCCUCAUGCUGGUCCCAGGUGGGACCUCCGUCUUCCAGCACAGGAGGUCAACAGAUCCAGGUGAGGCGCCACCGGAAGCCGCGGAAGCGGCGCCCGUCAACCCCCGCGAGCGUGGCGGUUGGCUGCAGAAACGCUCCGAGCACUUGAAGCAGUGGCGGCACCGCUUCGCUUGGAUCGAGGGCGGAGAGCUACGCUUCGCCGCCAAGCCGGAGGACCCCCGAAAGCCGGACGCCGAUUUGGUCGAAGUUGGUGAACGAAAGAGGAGUGUCCUCACUAUUGCAGUGAGAACUUUUUGAUUAUUGAAGGUUUUGCAGCCAUAGUAAGAAAGAAAAAGGCUUUGCAGUGAGAAAGAGAGCACUUUUCAGACAUGAUGGAACCGAUUCCACGAACGUGGGGAGAAAGGAUCGCGGGGAAUUGAGGGACUGGUGCACUUUGAGGAUCCCACCGUCGCUCGACCUUUGCACCUGCGGAUGCCAAAGGUUUCGAACGCGGCACACCACAGAUGCCAGCACAGCCGUUGUAGGUCGUGGUCAGCGGUGUCUUCUCUCGUCUUCUACCGGCCUUAGCCGUUGUACCUUCGGCCGUUUUAGGUUCCAGUGAGAUCCUUCGUGAAGUUGACUGCAGAUUGCACCUCCGUGAUGGUGCUGGGAGAUCCUGGUGACACCGGUGGCGACAGCUCACGCCGUCGCGCCGCCGUGCUCCAUCGCGGGUCCUCCGUAGACACCGGGCGGCGAGCAAGCUUAGGUGACCUGAAGUCCUUCGCCACGAGCUGGGCCUUCAAAGUGCAGACCAGCGCCUCCUGGUCAGGUGUGGCCUACGACGCCACCGCGGCGGCGCUGCCGCGGGUGGAGAGCUGCGAGGCGAUCGAGGUGAUUCUCUGCGCGGAGAGCGA